AUGCAGUCCAGCGAAAGGGUCGUAGUAACAGGUCAUAGAGCCGAUCGCUUGGCUAGUAGAUUAUGCGAUGUUAUUGGAGAGUUUUUAUAUGACAUAUCGCAUACAGUCGUCUUCCGUUUCGGAGCUUACACAGACGAAUCAUUCCGAAAUGGACAUUUUGGAAAUGUUCCCGUCAUGAGAUGUGUAGACCAUAAGUUCGUCAAUUAUUUACAGCGUUCCAUAUCUGUUGUAAGAAAUGCUUUAAAACAUCACCAUCUGGAAAAGUUCGAAGUAUGCAUUGUGGAUGCCCAAGAAGUAUCGUUGUUUUCCCUACGAGUUUCAAUGAGACAAAUUUCAAGCUUUCAAGACGAGCAAUUAAAAGCGCUCGAUUCGAGAGCUGAUGAUCUCCGACGAAAAUUUGCGCCUGCUUUGCUAGCCCUGCAGACAAUGAAGAUACCAUGUGCCCUGAUGGAACUACUGCAGAAAACCCCUACUCGUCCUCGAAUACGACUGUUGACAACAACCACCGAUUGUCACGGUAUGAAAAAAAUAUCAUGUCCUCCUAUGUAUACCCAUGUUUUAAUGCCCUGGUCUGAUCCAGUCGAAAACGAUUUCAACCAACUAAUUUUUACAGCCUUCAUGAUAGAACAGACUUAG